CCACCCAAAUGACCUUGGUUGACAUUUAAUUUUUUUCCUGUUUACAUUUUUUUUAUUUGUCGAUUUUUUCCUGCUACUCAAUUAAAUCGUGUGUUUUCCUGCUGCCGUGCGUCGGUAUUUUCUAAAAUUUCAUUCAUGUGCCAGAAAUUCCGGGGCGGAUACCAUCCAGAGGGCCCCAAUGUGCCAGGAUCAAUGGAUGUGCACCCAACAUGGUGUUCCAGUUAAUUAAUUAAUGAAGUUCCUCUGCAAUCAGAUAACCGCCUGUGUCUAAUAUGGAUGAAGAGUUAGGUCCAAACGAUGACAGUGCCUGGGACAUUUACGGAAAAACCCCACCGAGAACUAAGAUUCUCAGGAAGAACCGUGAGAGGAGACAGAAAUACGCAGGGGGGUCCGAAUCGGUAAACUCUAAUAAUAAGGCACACAAAGUAAAAAAUCAAUUAGUUAGACGAAACACUGUGAGCACCAUGUACGACGAGCUGAUAGCUAACGCUGAAAAGUCAGAUUCAGAACAACCAGCAGGGGCUACCAAACAACGGAACAAACGCCAUUUGAAGCUGCUGAGGGGCUCGGAAAGGGACCUGAAACUGGACAUAGUGACCGCCCAGGCGGUGCACAGUAAAAAGUUCGGGCCUUACGAUUGGGAACCCAGGACACCGAGCUACUCGAUCGAGUGUGGCAAAAGGUUCAUGUGUUUGAGUGGGCGGAUGCAGCCCUGCCAACGGGAGCACCCCGCCACCAUAGAGUCCGAAGAAGUCGGCGGUGGAAAGAAAACUGCGGUGGAAGACAACAGUGCCGAAUGUCCCCAGAGCAGGGUGGAGUUUUAUCAGACUUUGAGUCUUUUGAUACGGAUGGGGGGUACCAAGGAGGAGAGGAGUACUAGACGGGGGAUGAGCAGGGAAGAGUCCCUGUGGCAGACCGAAUUCAAGGACCUCAUCUGGCUGGAACUUCAGGCGUACCACGCGGACCGCACCCCCAUCGAGGAGGACGACCACCUGUGCACCCAACGGGAGUCGGUCGAACCCCUUUUGGACGACAUCAUGAACUAUCGCUUCGAGAGACGUUGCAAGACGUACGGCACCCAAAACAGCGACAGUGGCGUAGAGGAGGUCGUCGAUUGUCCCGGGGGGUGUAAUUCCGUUUUUUGUUCUUCGUGCGUCGAGGCGCAGAACGACGCCCUGAGAGAGGUCGAGGGGCUAAUGAGGCGCCUCGAGGAAGCCGAGGCCCUUUUUCCUUCGUCGAAGGCGUUUUCCGAACUGUUCCCUUUGUAUUGCAGCCCGGAAUUCGUCAGUAGGGUGAAGGCGAUCGUGCUCUGGUUCAACAUGACCGAGACGCAACGAUUGACGGUGAACAGUUUGGCGCGGCUCGUUUUAUGUUUGGAGGCGAAACCGGGCAGUUGGCCGGUGAUGUCCGACGAAGCCAAUGGAUCGUCCACGGACAGCAACAACAGCGUCACGUCCUCGGUGGGUGAGAUCAGCGUCUGUUCGAUGAUCAAGAAUGACAUUUACAAUAUCGUGCCCCUGGCCCUGCUGAUCACCAAAAAGGACCAGAACAACGUGUCCCCCUACCGGCGCUACAUAGAGAACAUCCUCAAGACCCGCGCACUGUACAAAAGUCUCAGUUUCCUCGAGUCGAUGCACGUGAACGUUUUGGACAAAGUCAAUCUGACCUUAGCCAAGCCGGAGGACGCCGAAAUAUUCUCGCAGGUCGUCUGCCGGACGCAGGAAGAGGAGCUGGUGCGUUACGGCGCGUGGAGCCCCGAGGCCGACCAGCUGCGCCUGCCGUCGUACCGCGCGAUUUUCCUGUUUCUCGCCGCGGUACCGUCCGAGGUGAUCAACGAGUACCUGCGCAUGCGACUCGAACAGAAACCGCAGAACCCCUCGCCCCUCAGCGUCCGACAACUGAUGCGGGAACUGAAAGAAGGUCUCCGGGUCGCGGUGACCGAACGGGACCGCGUCGACCGGUACCUGAAGACGUUCGGGCACGAGCACCGCCUCCCCCCCGCCCACACCAAAACCCUCGACGACUUCUCGAACUGUCUGCUGGCCGUCUUCAGGGACUACCUGGGGUACCUGGAGCAGUGGGUGCUGCUGCACCACGACACCUUCCAGAAGAACCUGCUGGAGGAGGAGUUCCGGUUCUCCCUGGGGGUCAUCAAACACAUCGAGGGUGGCGGCGAAUUGUUGUCCGACAAGUACGUCGCCAUAUUGAGUCGCAUAUUGGAACGGAUCGCCGACCGGCUAAUGAAGAAAGUGGACGGGUUCCUGGUGACCAUCGGCGAGGAGGGCAGGGGUACUUUGAAACAAACGUUGUUCAACGUGUGCAGGGAGUUGCAGAGCAUCUUCAACGACGAGCGGGAGAUGAGCAUGAAGACGAUGGCGUUCGCGAAACUGCUCACGGCCAAGUGUCGACCUUCGAACACCGACGGGUUCAAGUCCUUGAAGAACUGCAUCGUGGCCUUCAAGUGCAUCAUCCCGACCGCCAUUGCGAAGGUGCAGAGUUUCUUCAACUACGUGAGGGCGGAUUAUUUCGACGAGAGCGACCGUCACGCCCUCUGUUCCCGCAUCAGGGAAAUCCUGAUGCAGAUCUACCGGUUCGGUUUCGAGUUCUACAAAGAAAUGGCCGACGGGGUACCGACCGACUAUAGGGCGAAACUGAUCUACAGCAUGGUCCAGUUUGCCAAACUGUGGAUGUCGUUCGUCACCGAGAGGUGCGAGAGGGGCAGAGGUAUGAGACCGCGAUGGGCCAAUCAGGGCAUGGAAUUCCUUCUGACCGUGUGCGACCCCGCCCACACCAAAUACCUGACCGAUGAGGAGUUCGAGGACCUGAAGCGGAGCAUGGACGAGUGCAUUUCACACUUAAUUGGCAAGUCGGCCCCCUCCACCCCCGACAGCGGGUUCUACUCCGCGUCGUCGCCCCGCGUCUCCCUGGAGCACAUCAGGACGAAGUCGCGGGGGCCGUCGCCGAGCCCCCGUCCCCCCUACAAAAGUCAACGGUCGGCCGCCCCCCCCGCCGCCCGGAAAACGAGCGGGGCGGACCAACAGUCGCCCGGUUGUACGGACCUGAUGGUCGACGGGGUCGCCCUCACUUAUCACGUAGGCCGGCGCGACGACAGAAACGGGAUAAAGAUCAAAGCGGCCGCGCCGCCUAAAUCGCACGGCGAACGGGUCCUGGACGCGGUCGAGACGCUCGAGCGUAAAAUCGACGAGAAACUGCGUCGGGACCAACUGAUCGGGACGAUCGUGCGCCGCAGCGACGACCUGAGGAGCCACAUCAAGCGACGAAACGUCGCGUUCUCGUGGCAGCGGGGCAUCAAAAUAGGUCAAGGUCGUUUCGGGAAGGUUUACACCGCCGUCAAUAAUAACACGGGGGAAAUGAUGGCCGUGAAGGAGAUCCCGUUGCAGCACAACGAUUCGGCGACCAUCAAACGCGUCUCGUCCGAAAUGAAGAUCUUGGAGGGCAUCACCCAUGACAACCUGGUCAAGUAUUACGGCCUGGAGGUUUACACGGACAAAAUGCUCCUGUUCAUGGAGUUCUGCGCGGAAGGAACCCUGGAGAACCUGAUCAGAUCGACCGAACGCGGACUUCCGGAACCCCUACUCCGGAAGUACACCUAUCAACUGCUCAGCGGCGUCGCGUGUCUACACGAUCACGGGAUCGUGCAUCGGGACAUCAAGCCGGCCAACGUUUUCCUCACCGAUCAGGCGGACCGUUUGAAGAUCGGCGACUUCGGGUGCGCGGCCAAGAUCAAAAGCAACGUGACGAUGCCCGGGGAACUGCAGGGAUUCGUCGGGACUCAGGCUUACAUGGCCCCCGAGGUGUUCACCAAAAACAUGAACGAGGGACACGGACGUGCCGCCGACAUCUGGUCGGUCGGGUGUGUCGUCAUCGAGAUGGCCUCGGCCAAGCGUCCGUGGGCCCAGUACGACUCGAACUACCAAAUAAUGUUCAAAGUGGGCAUGGGGCAGAGCCCCGAGCCCCCCGACGACCUGAUCGAAGAGGGCCUCGACUUUUUGCGGUUGUGCUUCAAACACGACCCGCGAGAGAGGGCGUCCGCGCACCAGCUACUCGACCAUAAUUUCGUCAAAGUGGGAAACGACUUAAUUUAAAGCCAAUAUGUGAGUAGAUUGAGUUGACCUCAUAAAAUUCUCGAUAUCUUUGAAACUGUUGUAGGGAUUUUAUUGAUUUUAGUUUCAUAUGAAAGCCAGUGAGUUUCUUUAUCAAAAAGGUCCUUACAAGUUUCCUCGUAUCUACAGCCCUUUUGGAGUUAUUCAACUGUUUUUCGGUACAUUAAAAAAAAUCUUGAUACAGUCAAAGGCUUCACAAAAAUCUCAAUAUCUUUGAAACUACUGUAAGGAUUUUGUUGAUUUUAGUUUCAUAUGAAAGCCAAUGAGUUUCUCUAUCAAAAAGGUCAUUACAAGUUUCCUCGUAUCUACAGCCCUUUAGGAGUUAUUCAACUGUUUUUCGGUACAUUAAAAAAAUCUUGAUACAGUCAAAGGCUUUACAAAAAUCCCAAUAUAUUUGAAACUACUGUAAGGAUUUUAUUGAUUUUAGUUUCAUAUGAAAGCCAGUGAGUUUCUUUACCAAAAAGGUCCUUACAAGUUUCUUCCUUACUACAGUCCUUUUGGAGUUAUUCAACUGUUUUUCGGUACAUUAAAAAAAAUCUUGAUACAGUCAAAGGCUUUACAAAAAUCCCAAUAUCUUGGAAACUACUGUAAGGAUUUUAUUGAUUUUAGUUUCAUAUGAAAGCCAGUGAGUUUCUUUAUCAAAAAGGUCCUUACAAGUUUCCUCGUAUCUACAGCCCUUUUGGAGUUAUUCCACUGUUUUUCGGUACAUAAAAAAAAAUCUUGAUACAGUCAAAGGCUUCACAAAAAUCCCAAUAUCUUGGGAACUACUGUAAGGAUUUUAUUGAUUUUAGUUUCAUAUGAAAGCCAAUGAGUUUCUCUAUCAAAAAGGUCAUUACAAGUUUCCUCGUAUCUACAGCCCUUUAGGAGUUAUUCAACUGUUUUUCGGUACUUUAAAAAAAACCUUGAUACAGUCAAAGGCUUCACAAAAAUCCCAAUAUCUUUGAAACUACUAUAAGGAUUUUAUUGAUUUUAGUAUCAUAUGAAAGCCAGUGAGUUUCUGUACCAAAAAGGUCCUUACAAGUUUCCUCCUCACUACAGCCGUUUUGGAGUUAUUCCACUGUUUUUCGGUACAUAAAAAAAAAUCUUGAUACAGUCAAAGGCUUCACAAAAAUCCCAAUAUCUUGGAAACUACUGUAAGGAUUUUAUUGAUUUUAGUUUCAUAUGAAAACCAAUGAGUUUCUUUAUCAAAAAGGUCCUUACAAGUUUCCUCCUUACUACAGCCCUUUUGGAGUUAUUCAACUGUUUUUCGGUACAUUAAAAAAAAUCUUGAUACAGUCAAAGGCUUUACAAAAAUCCCAAUAUCUUGGAAACUACUGUAAGGAUUUUAUUGAUUUUAGUUUCAUAUGAAAGCCAGUGAGUUUCUUUAUCAAAAAGGUCCUUACAAGUUUCCUCCUCACUACAACCGUUUUGGAGUUAUUCAAGUGUUUUUCGGUACAUUAAAAAAAACCUUGAUACGGUCAAAGACUUUACAAAAAUCCCAAUAUGUUUGAAACUACUGUAAGGAUUUUAUUGAUUUUAGUUUCAUAUGAAAGCCAAUGAGUUUCUUAACAAAAAAGGUCCUUACAAGUUUCCUCCUCACUACAGCCGUUUUAGAGUUAUUGAGUCUUUUGUCAAUGCAUUGUCAACUGUUUUAUUGUAAUUAAGAAUAAAGUAUUCAUUCAAAAAAGA